AUGAGGACUGCAAAGGAAAAAGUAAAAUUGCAGGACCUUGGUAUUACGGACACAAGGGUUCGUAGAGAUGUGGGAGGGGGUAUUUUAAUAGAAAUUCCCGGUACAGACGGAGCCGAGAAGGCGGAACGUCUGAAGAAUGUGUUAUCCCCGGUGUUAGAGGAUGCUUGUACGGAACCUGAAGAGGUGAAGAAAGCACUAGCCUUAGGAGAAUUUGGGGUGUGCACGGCUGCGGACAUCCGGACGGGACCUCUUAGGGAAGGACGAGGACGUACCGGUGUGAUGUGGGUAAAGUGCCCCUUUGUUGUCGCUGAGAAAGCGGCAACAGUAGGAAAGAUCCGAGUAGGAUGGACGAGAGCUCAUGUUACGCUACUCCCGGGCAGGCGACUCCAGUGCUAUAAAUGCAUGGAGUUCGGCCAUGUCCGGGCGGUAUGCCCGAAUGAAGAGGAUUUUAGCAAGUCCUGCUAUAGGUGCGGUGGCAACGAGCAUGUGGCGCGGGACUCUGGUCACAGAGCAGGUGGAGCAGCCUGCAGAGCAAAAAUGCUAGGAGGUUACGGCUCGCGGGGCCGUAGAAUCCCUGCUGAGGAAACAAAUGCUGUGCGGAGGGCAGCAGUUAGCGGCCAGGACGUCGGCUGCAUGCCCAUGGAAAUUUAA